GUUAUGGGGUCCGUACGUGCACCCGGUAACCACCUCAGAUCCAGAUAGGAUAAGCAGCGCCCUGAUUGGCGGAGCUGUAGAUUUCCUCCCCCAAAAAACCGAAUUACACUUUGCGAGGUGGAAAACAUUUCAUAGCAAAACAGCCCCAAACCAAACAAUCCCUACGCCAAUUCCAUUCCGCCGGCAGGCGAAAUCGGCUGCUGAGUGUUUGAAACUCCAAUGGCAGCAGCAGCAACGAGUGCCGCGAAUCACCUCAAAACCGCGGGAAACGGCUUAUUUCCCUCCAAUUCCCGCCCUCGCCUUUUUCCUUCCAAUUAUGCCCCUCGAUUCGUAGCCAUGGCACCACAAAAGAAGGUAAAUAAGUACGAUUCGAAGUGGAAAAAGGAGUGGUUCGGCGCGGGACUAUUCUACGAGGGCGGCGAGGAGCUAGAAGUGGACGUGUUCAAGAAGCUGGAGAAGAGGAAGGUGCUGAGCAGCGUGGAGAAAGCCGGCUUACUCUCCAAAGCCGAGGAAUUCGGCAUCACCUUAUCAACCAUAGAGAAGCUCGGCCUUCUCUCCAAAGCCGAGGACCUCGGCCUCCUCAGUCUGCUCGAGAAGGCAGCCGACUCCUCUCCUUCCGCCCUCGCCUCCGCUGCCCUGCCCAUUCUCGUGGCGGCCGUGCUCGUGGUCGUCGUGAUCCCCGAUGACUCGGCGCCGCUGGUGGCGGCGCAGGCCCUCAUUGGUGGGCUGCUGGCGGUUGGGGGCGUAGGCCUGUUUGUCGGCUCGAUUGUUUUGGAAGGGUUGCAAGAAGGUGAUUGAGAUUUGUCUUGGUAUAUAUAGCUUCUCUUAAGAUUUCAAGGGACAGUUGAUCUUUUUUUACAUGCGCAUUUUAACACAAUUUGCACUGCAAGGACUCUUUUUUUGUUAGUAGACAAAUAUUGCUCUAAA